CAGAGUAACGGUGACCCAGCCAGUGAUUUGCCAGGAUCAUGUCGUGUCAGUGCGCGCAGAGACACCGCCGGCCAAAUCGCUCUUACGGGCCGUGCGUUCACCCUUGCCGUGCGGGCUCGCAGGGGUGAAAGUUUCCAGUGGUGAGAGCCCGCCUAUCGCGAACACGCGUGACGCGAAUCACGAUCAUCCCGGAGACGAUCGCAACGUGAUCGAUAAAACUCCUAAUCUUGAAAGCCGAUUUUUUCUUAGAUAUUACCGUUAUAUCGAUAUAUCAAUUCUUUAAGUAUACCCCGUGAUAUUUUCGAGUGAUUGCGUCGGAGAAACGUGAAACACGUGGAAAAAACACAGGCGUUUAGUAUCCCACAAACAAGAUGCUCUCUCAUGUUGAAAAAAAGAAAGGGUUUCCAAGAUGAGAAAGUGAAUAAUUUUAUACUUGGAAGGAAUUUUUUAUUAUAGAAGAGAGAGAGAGAGAGAGAGAGAAAGAGUUUGUAAAAGGUACAAUAUGGACGAAUAUAAUAGGACAAACGCAGAUGUUUGGAGGAAAAAAUUGGUAAAACCGGCCGGAGCUAUUUGUCGAUCGACUAGCGAGCUGGAACGUGGAAACUGCACUCGAGGUUGCAUGAUGUCGUUGACCUCCUUCCGGGCGCCACGGUUCUGCGGUGUACCAUCGGUUUAACGUGCUUUGUUGAUUUAAAUCGAAGUUCUACUGUAUCUUACAGAGAGCUAUUAUUAAAGAAAGGAAUAUUUUAAAUCUCGGAUCUAAUUAUUCGCUAUGAAUAUAAAACGCGCCGCAACCUAUCAUCGUGAGAUGAUGAUGAUAAUGAUCGCUCAGGAAUAGAUGAAGAUUCGUGUUUGGAUGGCUUGCAAACGAAAGCGAAAAAAGCUUGAGAUACGACGUGCCUGAGAAAAGUUCUCGGAAACCCUGUGCCACUGCGCCAUUUAACAUGGCGUAGCGGCACAAGCUCGAAUAUCAGUGCAACAUAGAGAGAUCGAGCAUUAUAACGAGAAUGAAAAUAGUCAUGCGGUAGCAUGGACUAAACGAGAGCGCUUAGAGUAUCAGCUCGAUAAAUUUUGGCUCCAAAUUGGAGCGAAGGCAGAUUGAGUACCAUCAAAACAACAGCCCUGGCAUCCAUGGUGAUGAUUCCCGGCGAUGAUCGGGUACAAUCAACACAAUUCCGGCUACAACAAGCUAUUUACCCAGGGCUCGGCAGACUCGAACUACUCGCAGCCGAGCUCAGAUCUCUCGCUGGACGAGGAGAAGGAAAGCUUGCGACGCGAGAAGGAGAGGCAGGCCCUCAAUCAGCUCGAAAAAGCCAGGUCAAAGCCGGUAGCGUUUGCAGUGCGGACCAACGUGAGCUAUGACGGAUCCGUCGACGAUGAUUCACCCGUCCACGGCUCCGCCGUCAGCUUUGACGUCCGCGAUUUUCUUCACAUCAAGGAGAAGUACGACAACAACUGGUGGAUUGGCAGGCUCGUGAAAGAGAACUGCGACGUCGGUUUCAUCCCGUCACCGGUGAAGCUGGAGGCCUUAAGGUUACAGGCGAGCGCCGCGCGUGGUACGAAGGGCCUGUACUCGACUCGAGGAGGGUCUUCAGGGAACCUUGGCGAGAGUGGUAUGCCCUCACGUGGUUCCACACCACCUACGCCAGGUGACGACAGUGACAGUGUCGGCAACGUACGACCCGGCAAGGCGACCCUGACGACACCACCUGCUAAGGAGAAGCGGAAGAACUUCUUCAAGAAGCCGUCCUACGAAACGACGACCCCCUACGACGUGGUACCAUCCAUGAGGCCUGUGGUACUGGUCGGGCCGUCGCUCAAGGGUUAUCAGGUGACAGAUAUGAUGCAGAAGGCACUCUUCGAUUUCCUUAAACAUCGCUUCGAAGGCAGAAUUAUUAUCACGAGGGUAAUGGCAGAUAUUUCGUUAGCGAAAAGAUCCUUGCUGAACAAUCCAACUAAAAGAGCAAUAAUGGAACGGUCAACCAGCAGGAGCAGCUGUUUAGCGGAAGUUCAGCAAGAGAUCGAGAGGAUUUUUGAACUUGCUAGAACUCUUCAGUUAGUUGUUUUGGAUUGCGAUACCAUAAACCAUCCAUCGCAGUUAGCGAAGACCAGUCUGGCGCCAACGAUCGUUUAUUUGAAAAUUUCUUCGCCAAAAGUUCUGCAGAGGCUGAUUAAAACCCGAGGGAAGUCGCAGAUACGUCACCUCAAUGUGCAGAUGGUGGCCGCGGAAAAACUGGCGCAAUGUCCGCCAGAUAUGUUUGACGUCAUCCUGGAUGAAAAUCAAUUAGAGGAGGCGUGCGAACACGUGGCCGAGUAUCUGGAAGCAUAUUGGAGGGCGACGCAUCCGCCAGAUUUUACCUCGGUGCCACGAGCCGUGCCUGCACCUGACGCACCGACAGAUACAUACACGCAACGCGUGCCAUCAGGUGCCCCUCAUGAGCCUUAUUAUCAUCGAAGAGGAGCCAGUUACGGUGCCGGGGAUGUCAGCGGCGGUACAAGAAGAUCGCGGCUGGAGCGGAUGGAUCGGGGAGAUCGCAUGGAUCACGAUUACGGUGAGGAGGAGCACGGCGUCGAUUACGGUAGUGCCUCGAGACGUCGCCAGCAGCAGGACUCGCGCGCUCUUAAUGCUAUUUAGGAGCUGGGGCCCCGGGGCCUGUCGCUACAGCGCUGUCCCCAUCUGCGCACCACCGCCCUAUAAAGGGCUCGCCUCCCGGUAACGCUACCGAACGUUAGAAAGUGCGCUACCUCGCGAUAAGAUCGCUGCGCUCUGUUAGUGGGGCUGUUUUCUGUCGCGCUAAAAAAAAAGGGGAAUGAAAAAAAAAGAAGAAAGAUAGGAAUCCGCAGAUCGGCCGACACGCGCCACCGAGUUUAAAAGACGCUACCAUGUAUAUCGAUUCUAUCCGGGUGCAUUUUGAGACGAUCUCGAAACCGUUGACGAUUUAUCUUCGCGUACCUGUUCACAACUAGGAAACCUCGCUAUUGAUACGCUACCAAUCGCCAGCAGCGUGCACGCUAUAAUCUCGGAAAACACUUGCAUUUUUGUAUUCGCGCUGCUUGCGAGAAAAAUUAAAGCGUGAUGCCAGAUUUCAUUGCUGUUUAAUUGGAGAACGCGAUUCAGUUGCGCUGUAACUGUUGGAGAAUUUUGUAUCACAAUCGAAACGUGAAUCCUUAUCUUCCGAAAGCUCUUGCAUCUAUAAUAAUUCAUUAUAAUGUUCACUGUGACUACUAUUCUUUUGCACUACUGAACAUUUCGAUAGCAUUUGCAAUUUCAGCUCAAUUGUAUGAUUACGCUUCGUUAAUAAUGGAUCAACAAAAGACGAUUUAAUGAUAAAGCAUUGAAAACUUUUUCUUCUUCUGCUUCUUCUUCUUCUAAUAUGCCAUCAGUCACCAGCAGCGUGCACGUGUGGUUAUCAAGACACCUUUACUCCGAUAACUUACGUCGCUUAUUGUCGAGCAAAGUACGUGCAAUGAUUCUAUGCCAAAAUAGCCGUUUUUGAGCAUUGCUGGACGAAUUUUAUCAGCGUGAUACUAAUUCCACAAUUCGUACACAUAUAUCUAGAAACAUAUUUUCACAUUUGUAUGUCGCGUCUUGCCUCACCAAUCAAUGUCCCAGUUUCAAUGUCGCGUAUUACUCUGGCGAUGUCAUCAGCGCGAUUACAGAGUUACGCUAUAUCGUUGAUCAUAUACCGAUUACCGAACUAUCUACACGCACAAGCAUCAUCGAAAUGUACUUGUCCGAUGACAUUAUGCUUAAGAGCUCUGCUGUAAUGCAUAGAGAGUACAUGUCAAUCAUCCAUCUCAUAUCGAUUAUAUAACAUACUAUGCCAAAUGUGUCAACCACUCAUCGUAAUAACUGUUGAUCAUGACGAGAUGCACACGCUGGCAUCUUCUCUCAAGAUAUCUCUCAUGGUACUUUACACGAAGAAAGCAUAAAACGCGUUGUGAAAUAAUCCUUCAAAAAUAUAUACAUCCGGUACUCCUCGUUAAGUACGCUACACAAAAUCGUUUGCAUAAUCAAAUCGACCCUAUACAUUUUUCACGCGAAAUGUUGCAAAACUUACUUUCGGACAAAUAUAUAUUACUUAACAAAUAUGUGAUAACGAAAAAUGGUACGAGAAAUUAUCUGAACAAUUUCAAUUUUACAAUAUUCUUUACACUAAUUGUUGAAAUUUAUUGAAAUCAAUUAAUUAUUGUAAUUAUCAAAAAUUUUCAUAUGUACGUUUUGACAUCAUAUGAUAUCUCCUAUAUCUUUGAUGUGCAUAAAUUCUAACUUUUGGACACAAAUUGUUUGUAAAAUUCCAAAAUUUAUCGCAAUAAGGAUGGACUUUUCUCUCGGUAUCUGCACGCGCUUUUUCAAUUGUCGGAAAAAUUCAUCACGAAUGCUUAAUUAAGAGUUUGAGCGUAUUUUAACGAUUGUUUAGUCAAACGAUCUUUCUAACAUCGGUCCUAGUCGAAUCGAAAUAAUCUUCCUUGUCCAUCGCAAUACACGCAGGACAAACUCCAUUCGCGAAAUCAGCUCAACAACACUAGUAGACGCGCGAGAUAAUCGCGUGGGACGAGGAGACCAUGACAGAAAGUGCACUUGAAACAGAGUGAAGAGAGCCCUGGGGCCUUAAAUCCCUGCACCGACUUCUCCCGGGCCCCAUAAUCGAAUCUUUAUGUCGAAUAACGAUCGGCGAUCGACGCAGAACUGAAUAUUUCUUGUGAUCGAUAAAAACUGAGAUUUAAGAGAGGUACAUUUGACUUCUAUCCUAGAGUUUAAUAGGGGAAGUGAUAAUGACGAUUAAUCGUAAUUGAAGAAAGUUAAUGAUCGUCUAGAAAGAAAAAUGACCAGCUAAUCUUAAUAGCUAAUUUUAACAGCUAAUUCUGCUAGUAAUCGAAAUGAAAGAGCUUUAAUGAAAUUUCGUAGCUGAUCAUAGAGAUUUCAAUUCGAUCGUCGAUCAUGACAGUGAUUGUAGCCAUCAUAAUUUUGCGAUUGCUUAGGAGCGAUCUGCAAUUAAUACGGCUCCCGAUCUCGAAUUUGAUCGUAGAAAUUGAAAUCCAUCAUCAAUUGCGACGGCGAACGUAGCUGGAUAAUGACGACUUAAUGAUUAACAUAGUGAUACUUACCAUCAAUCACGUAAUUAAAUUAGACAAAUUAACAUAGAAUUUUCUUGAGAAAGUUUUUGAUUUAUGAAGAAACGAACCCACGAACACAUUUACAAAUAUGGCUCGAAAGCAGGAAAUAUCGAUGUCGAUAUUAAAUCCUUUGAAAGUUUUCAAUUCUGAUCGGGCGUGUCCCGCUAUAAUAUGUUUAUACGUUUUAUUAGGACUAUAACAAAGGCAUACACACUGAUACACACUUCACAUAAAAGAAAACGCUCUGUGUACAUAGUAUACAUAUACAUAUAAAUUGUACACGCAAAUGAUAUGAUGAAUUCCAUCUAUUUCGCUCGAUGAAUUCUAAUCGAGAUACGAGAAAAUUAAAGAAUAUAAUUGUUCAGCGGAGAUGUGAAUAAAAUCUACAAUAUUUCACUUCUCUAUAAAUAAAAUUAUAGACUAAAUUAUGGAUAUAAUUUUAGUUCUCGCCCUACCGUUAUACAUAGCGAUAUUUUUCAACGUAUAAAGAUUGUACGACUCUCAUUAUAGACUUUCGAUAUAGAUUAUUUAUUGCUCCUCUCUCUUUCUCUCUCUCUCUUUUCAAUAUAUAUAUAUUAGAACAUUUAAUUCGCUUUUUAAACAUUAAAUAGAAAUAAUUUCAGAAAUUCACAUUAUUUGUGGCAUAAAUAAUCCUGUAUAUUUUUAUUCACAUUUCUCGCCUAUGAUGUUAUGUAAAUACUGUAAGAAGCCUUUAACGAGUAUCCUUCAAGUACUCACUUAUACAGCGUCGACAUGCUGUGAAUAAUGCAUGAAUCAGUACUCUUGUUAGCUAAAAGAUACUUGUGUAAUUAGAGCUUUGAGAGAAAGAGAGAAAGAGAGAUUUAUUUUUAUGCUAAAAUUAUAAAAAUAAAAGAGGUAUAUUUAUAUCAUAUUACGGGAAUUUCUUAGUACGUGACACGCUUACAUCGCGAAUAUUUGUCGAAUUUAUAAUCCUUGGAACGAUUCGACUGU